AUGGCUGAAGAAUCCGCCAACAAGCGCACCCGAGCCUCUGGCGAGGUUCUCGAGCUUCUCCUACGAGAGUUCGACAAGAACCAGAAUCCUCUGCCUGACCAGCGCAAAGACAUCAGCGAACGGACAAACAUGUCUGAAAAGGCCGUCAGGAUCUGGUUCCAGAAUCGCCGGGCAAAGCUCCGCAAGUUCGAGCGCUUGGGUCGCCCCGUCAAGCCUUCCCAUCAUGGCAAGCCUGCCUCUUCCACGUUUUCCAACCUGGGCUCCAGCAUCCACUCCUCCCGCUCCAACUCGUACACUAGCAUUUCGGCGCUCCAGGCGCAGGCCCAGAUCCCUGUCGAAGUUAAUGAAAAGUACUGUUUUGUUGAUUGUCUGUCGCUUUCUGUCGGCAGCUGGCAGCGGAUCAAGAGCGGCUCCCACGAUGUCAAUCUUCCGCAGACGCUAGUCAACCUCGCCCCGUUCACGCUCAACGCGGCCAUGUCACAGGUGGAUUUGAUGGUGAUUUUAUCCCGCCGCAACCAGGAAAUCAACUACUUUUUCCUGGCUGUGUCGAACAAUACCAAGAUCCUCUUUCGCAUCUUUUACCCGCUCAGCUCCAUCCUCCAGUGCCUGCUUUUAGACAACAACAUCAACAAGGAGAGCAACGAGUUGCGGCUCAACCUUUCCCGCAAGCCCCGUUUCUCCGUUUUUUUCUUCGAGUCGGCUAAUUCAAACCUUAACCAGUGGUCCAUCUGCGAUGACUUCUCCGAAGCCCAACAGGUCUCCACCGCUUACUACGCUCCAGGCGGCACUUCCACACCCCACGUGCUUGUCGGUCCAAAGCAUGCCUUGCUUUAUCUCAAGUCGCUCAUCACAGAGCACAACCUCGCACACCAUCAGCAAGCCUCUGCAUUCGAUAGAACCCAUGCCGCUGGGCCUCUGCAAAACGGCACGCCUGACUUCCAUCAGGCCACCAUGGCCAGUCAGCUAUUUGACGAAGGUAAAGAGCACGGCGAUUUGCAGAUCAAGCACGAACAUUGGGAGCAACUCAGCGACCAAGCUCUGGCCACCGCCCUGGUGAGUGCCCGUCCACCAUUCGAAUCACACCCGCUGUUCCAGCAUUUGGCGCAUCAGAACCAUGACGAGAGCAUAUUGACAGCAACACCCGACUUUUUCAGUGCAGUGCAGACGCCUGGAUCCAAUAUCGCUUCGACAAACGCCAACACAGAAGAAGACGGCGUCAUACCGAGCCCAUCGCACAAGAAGGCGGCCGGCUCGCCGUAUGCACAGUUAAGCAAGCUCCCGGAUGAUUACCAGACACAGCAUGCCUUCAACGGCAACGAUGGGCAUGGCAAUGUCUACGGAUUUGACCUGCACGAGGCACACGACGAAGACUUCCAGGCCAGCGAUCUCCUUGUUCACAGUCCAGAACUUAACACCACCGAGACCCCAGGAACGUCCGCGGCCAACCAGGUGGACACUUUUAUUGACUACAACUCGCAUUACUGA